CGCAGGCGCAGUUCCUGGCAGGUUGGGGUUUUUAAGGCUCUUUUGCUGGUUCGGCGCCACCAGAGCUGCAGGUUGUCUAAGAUUGAAUUGGCUUUUUGCCUGCUGUAUCCCGCUGUUAAUAUUUAUUCAGCAUGUGAUCAUCUGAAUUCCUGCUCUUCAUCAUGGUCUGCAGAAGCUCAUCGUCCUACAAGAUCACACUAGUUCUAUAACUCACACCUCCUCAGUGCCUCCUGCCCCUGGGGCCAUCUCAUCGGUUCCCACCUGGCUGCACUAUGGACUUCAUCAUGCCCCAAUGCCAGCUUCUCAAGACUCUGGCUUUCCCUAAGAAGACAGAGUUGAGGUGGAGGAGACAAUGACUUCUAGGCUCAUCAGAGCUGGAUCCCAGAAAUUGCUGACGUUCCAAGACGUGGCAGUAGACUUCACCUGGGAGGAAUGGGGACUGCUAGAGCCAGCUCAGAAGGACCUGUUCAGGGAUGUGAUGCUGGAGAACUAUGAGCAUUUUGUCUCCCUAGGGCUUCCAGAUUCCAAAGCAGAUGUGAUCCCCCAGUUGGAGAGAAGAGAAACAUCAGGGCUGCCAGAUGGAGAAGUCCCAAGAAGCCCUUACCUAGAUUUUUUUCAUGAAUGUAAUACAUUUGGAAGAAAAUGUAGCCUGGGCUCUAUCCUUAUUCCACAACAGAGAAUUUCUAUUGGAAAAGAUUUCCUUAACUAUGAUACACUUGGAAAAAGUUUCAAGAAAUUUUCAGACCUAAUUAAACAUGAUAAUAAAAAAAUCUCUUUAAGGGAGAAACUUUGUAAAUAUAAUAAAUCCAAGAAGACUUUCAUUUACCACUCAAAACAAAUUCAUUAUCACAGAAUAUGCACUCAAGAAAAAUACCCUAAACAUGAGAAAUUUAGCAAAGUCUCCAGGAGCAAUUCAUGCCUUACAGUACAUCAAAGAAUUCAUGCUAAAGAGAAACCAUUUGAGUGUAACGAAUGUGGAAAAGUGUUCAGCAAUAAUCAAAACCUAUCUCGACAUCAGAGAAUUCAUACUGGAGAAAAACCAUUUGAAUGCAGUGAAUGUGGAAAAGCUUUCAGCAGUAACCAAUGCCUAAUUGAACAUCAAACAAUUCAUACUGGAGAGAAACCCUACAAAUGUAAUGAAUGUGAGAAAGCCUUUAGUUGUAAGGGUAACCUUUAUGUACAUAAGAGAAUUCACAGUGGGGAGAAACCCUACAUAUGUAAUGAAUGUGGGAAAGCCUUCAACCAGCAGGGACAUCUUAAAAUACAUAAAAUAAUUCAUACUGGAAAGAAGCCCUUUGAAUGUAAUAUAUGUGGGAAGGCUUUCAGCAAUAAACAAUACCUGGGCCAACAUCGAAAAAUUCAUACUGGAGAGACUCCCUAUAAAUGUAGUGAAUGUGGGAAAAUCUUUUGCCACAAUUCACACCUUAAUAGACAUAAGAUAAUUCAUACUAGAGAAAAACCAUUUGAAUGUAAUGAAUGUGGGAAAGGCUUCAGGCAGAGCUCAUCCCUUAUGCAACAUCAAAGAAUUCAUACUGGAGAGAAACCUUACAAAUGUAAUGAGUGUGGGAAAGCCUUCCGGCAGAAGGGACAUCUUGAGACACAUAACAUGAUUCAUACAGGUGAGAAACUCUUUGAAUGUCAUGAAUGUGGAAAAGCUUUCAGCAGUAAUAAUUAUCUAUUUCAACAUCAAAGAAUCCACACUGGAGAGAAACCCUAUAAAUGUCGUGAAUGUGGGAAAGCUUUCUGCACUAAUUCACGCCUUAAAGCACAUAAGGUAAUUCAUCCUGGAGAGAGACCCUUUGAAUGUCAUGAAUGUGGGAAAGGCUUCAGGUUCAGCUCAGGUCUUACACAACAUAAGAGAAGUCAUACUGGAGAGAAACCUUAUAAAUGCAAUGAAUGUGGGAAAGGCUUCAAGCAGAGCUCAUACCUUAUGCAACAUGAGAGAAUUCAUACUGGAGAGAAACCCUAUGAAUGUAAUGAAUGUGGGAAAGCAUUUAGCAGGAAGGGAAAUCUUAAUACACAUGAGAGAAUUCAUACUGGAGUGAAACCAUAUUCAUGUAAUCAAUGUGGGAAAGCCUUCAGGCAUAAGGGAAACCUUAAUACACAUAAAAAAAUUUAUACUGAAGAGAAAACCUUUGAAUGCAAUGAAGGUGGAAGAAACUAAUUAGAGGUCAAACUUGACAACAUAUGAAAAAAAUUCAGAGUACAUAGAACUCCUUUAGAGAUAAGGAAUUUGGGAAAAUUAUCUUGUGAAACUCAACUUUUAAGAAACAUGAAAUUCAAUUCAUACUAGCAGAAUUCUGAUGAUAAUAAGUGUGGGAAAGCCUUUAGCUGGAAAGGAAACCUUAAACUAUACAAGAAAACAUUCUUGAGGAGAAACCUUUUGUUGUAAUGAAUGUGGGAAAGCUUUCAAAUGGUGUGGAAACAUUAGGAAACACGGUAUCAUCCAGUAAAGAAAUACUUUUAAUGUAAGGAAUAUGUAAGAAGCUUCAUGAGAAGGCAGAACUCAUUAUGCAUCAGAGCUUUAAUAAUGACUAUAAUUAUUUCAUUUUGACAAAUGUGAGCAAACUUUCAAAACCUUAAGUACCAUAAAAGACUUUGUAUUGGAGAAAAACCCUUUGAAUCUAAUAAAUAUGGGAAAGCCUUUAGGAUGAGGCAAAUCUUUGCUAACAAUAAAAACAUGCUCAGAUGUAGAGAAUUUAAAAACCAUAUCCAGGAAUGUCUUCAGCAAGAAGAGAAAGAAAUUAAGAACAUCAUGUGAUAAUUUAUACUGGUAAGAAUAUCCAUAAGUGUAAUGAAAUGAUAAAUGUAUUUCAAACUCAUCAGAGACUUUGUCCUGGAGGUUGACUGAACAAGAUAAACUAAUAGAAAAGUUUCAGAAAAUUUUCCAGAAUUUCAGUUUCAGAGUUUGAAGGGGCUUCUGAAGCCAUCUAAUUCAACUUUAUCUAAAAAAAGAAUCCCUUUCACUAUAUACAACAAAUAUCCAAUCAUUUUAAAGUAUCUCUAAUGGUGUGUGUAUGUGUGUGUGUACGUGCACACGUACAUGCAUGCGCGUGUUGGAGGAGAGAUACUAUUGGAUCCCCUCCCCACAAAUAAUUUCUUCCACUUUUAGAGAACAUCAAUAAUUAGGAAGUUUUUUCUUACAUUAAACUUCCAUUGCUCUUGGUUAUACCCUUUGGGAUCAAACAGAGUAAGUAUAAUCCUUCUUUACCAUAACAGCCCUUCAGGUCCAAUAUGCUGUUUCUUAGACUCGUCCUCAUAUGAAAUAAACUGUAGGUCCUUGUUGUCAUCCCUCAUUUCCCUCCUCUAGACACUGUUUGGCUCAUCAAUGUGUCUUUUCCAAAAUGUGCCUACAAAUGAACAUUUCUAGAUGUGUUCUGGCCUGGGCACAGCACAGCAAGCAUAUUACCUGCCUUAUGCAGCCAAAGUUUGAAUUUGCUUUUUUUUUUUUUCUUUUUGGCUAUUCUUUGAGCUGGCAAACCCUCAAAAUUUCCAGAUCUUUUUUAGAUGAACUAUUGUCUAACCAUAUUUCCCUUACCUUGUACAGUUGAUAUUCUGAAUCCAAGUGUAAAACGUUUACCACUAUUAAAUUUCAGUUGAUUCCAGUGA